UAACCAAAAAUUAUGAAGUAAACACUAGGAUGAUAUAUGAAUAAUCUUAAGUAGUAAGAGCAUCUAAUAUAUAUAGCUAAACUGUGGGAACAAUUAUAAAUGCUAAUAUUCUUAAGCGAAAAUUGCUAAAGAGAUAUUAGAUAACUGAAAUUGAUCCACUAUAAAAACCAUAUAAAUAAAGAGCCCUAAAAAUCAAAGCUAAAAAUUACUUUUAUUUAGUCUCUGUGGCUACAUAUACACUGAUUAUGAUAGACAUUAAGUACAUAAAAAAGUAAUAAUAUCUUAUCUUUUUGUCAAAUUUUUUAGUAAUUAUAAGGACACCUAAGAUAAAAGCACCAGAAAGUGCCAAAGAGAUUAUCAAAAAAAUAUGUUAUCCAUCAAUCAAAUAUAUUGUAAAAAAGUAGAAGCUUAAAAGCAUAAUGACUAUUUCUAUGAUGCGAAAAUAAUGUAAUCUGUAUUUACUCAUCUCAAUUUCAUAUAAAUCUUCAUAGUCUUAAUUUGCAAAUCUCAAGGUCCAUCGAUUAAAUAGUAAUUUAUUCAUAAUUAUAACAACUAAUUGAAAAUUUAACCUUAAAUAUGCUCAAAACUAUCAGACACUACUGUAUUCUUAAUAAAAAAUACUUAAAACUUC